AGGAAAAGGAGCGAACUGUGGAUGGAACUCGACUCGAAGAGGCUCUGUCUGCCGUGCUCGUGCUUCGGAGCCACCAGUUUACGUCAGCUCUUCGUUCGUGGAAGGUGAACUUGGUUGGUUAGUCCUCGCGCGCGGUAACGAACCGACUUCUUUAGGAGGAUUCUGCUCUUACUAGAACAGAACUACAGACGCACUCGGACGGAGGAGACACACUCCGGAGCGUUCCCCAAGAAGGUGUUGGGUUCUGGUUUUUGUGAAUUUCUUGUGUUGGGUGUUUUCUGAAUAUCAGGCCAGGUGACUGUAGUGGUGCACGCAACAAUCAUCAGCAAGAAGUGGAGGCUCGCAGCAUCCAAGCCAAAGUUCCAGAGCUUGAAGAUAUCCAGUUUUUAUUCGUCCGGUCAUGGCAUGAUGUUAUUGUUAUUGUACCAAUCCAAGCUAACCGAGAGAUCACAGCACUUCUGCAUUCUCUGGGCAUUAGUGCGUUCUAGUGGGCUCUGAGCAGAAGAAAAGUGCAUGGAUUCAUGAUGUUAUGAUAAUGUGUGUCUAGAAGAUAGUUAUUUCUAUGUGAACAUCAGUAAGAAAAAGGCCGGCAAUUGCUGUUCCAAGAUUUGACUAAUAAUUUACAGUUAGAGCAGGGAACAACCUCGUUGAAGAAAUUGGAUUAACCUUCGCUUGGUGGCGCGCACAUCCACACAAACACGAGGUCGGGCUCGGUGGGCUCUGUGCACAAUGAGUGUACGAGAAUGAGCCGAAGAAGGGAACGGAAAAAGAUCGAUUCCAAGUUUUUGUCGUGUUUCGCAUCAGGCUGAAACCUGGAAAACAAGUUCGGGACGGCUGUAGUCGCGUCGUCAUCUCUAUCUCGGUGUAGCAAACGAGCAGUGCCAGGAAGAAAGUUCUUUGUUUUUGUUUUGACGAUACGUGCCGCAUCAGGUUCAAAAGGUUGCGCACAAAAUACAAAACAAACGUCCAUCCCAUUGCGUAUGCGGACAGAUCUUAGCCGUCGCUGCAGCGGCGUAUCAAGGCGAAAGCAGUGUAUCAGUAGAGUGAGUGGUAUCGCCCGAAAAGAGGUGAAUCAAUGUGAAAGGGCGAAAUGUCAAGUGUGCCAAGGCUAAAGUGAAGAGAAGCAGUCGGUCGUAAGAGCAAGGUUAUUUCGUUCGUUUUUGUUUUUGCAUGCUCCCCAUCCCAUUCUUAUCACGGAUUCCAUUUGAAAGCAACUGCCGUGAGCAAGGAAAGGAGCGCGAUCUGUUAUGUUCUGCCGUUCGUGUAUUUUCUUCCCGUUUGAUUUAUAAGUCCCCCAAUUUUGUUUCGUUUCGCAUUUCGGUUGAACCACACCAUCAGUGAGGAAUCGGAAGAUGUGCCCGGCCAUAUACAAAAAGUAAAGGAAAAAUGUAUUAUCCUUAGAGAAAGGAGAGUAAAUCGAAGUGAUAUCGUUUAAAAAGAGUUCUGUUUGUCCUGUGUUUUUCUUCCUUUCGUAUCGAGUUUUUCAUUUCAAUUGCCAAAGUUUGUCGUUUGCGACAAAGCGAAUAAGAAGAAGCGAAAUUGAAUGUAAUUUUCAAAGUGAUUAUAAGAAUUAUACGUAUACACGAGGAAGGUAGUGCCGAAGAAGAAAGAAGACCCUCCCUCGCUCCGAGCAGCACACGAAAAAGGUGAAACAAGAGGUGCAUGUACGUGUGAAAGUAUAAAUCGAUUUUUUGUCUGUGCAUUUACUUGAAAUUUCCCGACGCAAAGAAGAAACUGCAUUCUUCAUUCGAAGAAGACGACGACGGUGACACACGCAAGACAGGUCAGAAGGACAGACGAAGCCUCCAGCAGCAACAACACGCCGCUCAGGAUUUAAACCAUUAAAAUUGAAGAUUGCUGCGCGCCACAUCACACAGCGUGACGUACGGGGGGCAAUUUGGUCUCUUUGGGCGGCGAACCUCAAACAAAUGGCAGAAACAAACGGCUUAUGACUCUCUCUCGCUUCGGUUUGCAACAAAACAAGCGAAAAAUCUCGACCCGGCCGCCGACGACGACGAUAUGAAAUGUAAACAACGAAACCCUGCCGGAGGAACCGCAGCCGCAGGACCACGACAGUAAUAAACUUUUUCCCGUGCUUGCUCUGGCCGUGAAGAGCGCGAGAGAAGAAUAGCCAUUAAACAAGUUGGAAAAAGUGAGCCACCACACGAUAUCUACCUUUUGGGAGGAAAACAAAGAAAAGUGGAAAAAGUUUACUGGUGGCAGCAUGUAGUGCCCCAAGGAAAUGAUCGACCAAUGGGGGCGGCGGCGAGAUACAGUUUUAAUUAAUCGUUAACUUUUUGCUCGGUUGUGAAAUAGUGGCAAAACUGUGAUUGCAAGAAGAGAUCGAAGUCGGGUGUUUUUUCUACCGGGAAGAACCGCGCGGUUUGACUCACCAGAAAAAAAAUGGCGGUCAGCAACAUAGUUUGCGAAUGGCUGCGUGCUCUGGGACUUGGCCAAUAUGCCGAGAGUUUCCUGGACAACGGAUACGACGAUUUGGAGAUAUGCAAGCAGGUCGGCGAUCCGGAUUUGGACGCCAUCGGGGUCCAGAAUCCGCAACAUCGGAGCAAGCUGCUGAAGAGUGUGCGGCUGUUGCGCGAAAAGGGCGCAGCCAGUGUGUACUUUCAGCUGAAUGAUCCCAAAUCGCUGCUGUCGGAUAACAGUGACAGUCUGGAGCGGGACAGUUCGCCACUGAUGCUGAGCGAGCUGGAGGCGCUGCUGCAGGAACAGCUGAAGGCGGACGGAGUUUGCCUGACGGCGCAUCCCUAUUCCACACCGGACGGCUCCCGGGGGCACCUGGAAGGGCUGGCGUCCGUCUACUGCGAGAUGCUGAUGGCCCCUUUCGGCGAGGUGCUGUCGGCACUGGAGGACGCCCGGCUACGAGCGUGGUCCGAGCGGAGUCCCCACAGUUCUUCCGGUGGAAGCGGAGUGCAUCGGGCUGGCCAUCGGGGGAACUCUUGCCACGGUGGUCUGCCCAACAGCCACAGCCAGCCAAUCUACGUGCCCGGAAAGUACUCGCCAUCCAGUUGUCUCUCGGACAAGGAGGAAGACGAAAUUUAUGGCUUCGGCUAUGGCGUCUUUGCCCCAAGGGUUGCCAGGACAACACUGCAGCAACAGCAACAACAACAGCAACAGCAGCAACAGUCUCAGCAACCACAAUCACAAAAUUCCACCAAUGUACCUGCGAACAGUGCUGGCGGACAGCAAAGCUGCCUCAGUCCACGUUCGGCGUAUUUCUACGAAUUUCCACCUACAGACGGUCGCGAGACGAGCAAAAAGCGCACGACGCUGGCGCGACUUUUGAGAGGAUUAAAGACUGUUAAUAGACGUGAUAGAUCAAAUCAAAACAACGGAACCGGCACCGGCAACAACGUAGGCAAUAACGCCGCCGGAUCAGCGACGCAGGCACGGCUGCAAAACGAAAGACUGAGACAUUUUCAAAUGAACGGCGGUGGUGGACCGCAGCCAAGUUUCGAAGAAACCAUUCAGAGGCUGAAAAUGCAAGAAGCACUUAGGAAAAAGGAAAAGUUUCAACGGGAGCAUGAAGAGAUUCUACGAGACAUUCGACAGGGUUUGCUACAGCUGAAUCGAGACUCUCGAGACGACACCUACAUGUACGACGACGCAGUUACCAAUGUCAUGCGGAUGCCCCACCAAGGCCACUGGUAUGACGAACCUCCCUACGAAAGUGAUCCGGAUGAUUUCCUCAUGUCCGGAAUGCGACAUGCGGGACCUUCGGCAACGAUACAAGGUGGACGAGUAUGCUAUACAUCGAACGGCCGAGAAGGACAAGGAGUGAUAUCACUGCGAUCGGCAGGCGACAUAUCGAUUCCCCAACGAGGUCCUAUCCGCCGAGGUCUGAUUGUACCCCAGCAACCUCCGAACCCACCGACUAUCAUUCCUCUCAAGCAUGCCAGAUCGCACGACCGGGAAAGUGGAGAUUACGCCGGAUCGAUAUCGGAUCUGCACAGUGUUACCUCUCGCCUCAGCCAGGUUUCGAUUGGCACAAAUAAUUGCACUGCCCGCUAUCGCACACUCAGUGGUGGCCUGGGAGACGAAUCGCCCUCGCCAUCGCCAACGCCAUCCUCGGAGUACGACGACAUUCUGCUGCAGAAGCAACUGGCGGCAGCUCACCAGCAUCACCACCAUCAGCUCCAAGUCGGGGACCACCUUCUACACCAAAACGGCGGCAGUGGGGGCAGCUCUGGGAUUGGCAGUCAAAGUGGCCAAAGUGGGACCCUCGGGACGCUCGGUUCCGGGAGUAAUGGCUCCGGGGGCAUUGGAAGUGGAGGCAGCGGGGGAGGAGGAGGAGGACUGGGAAUCGGUGGUGGCAGCGGUAGUACAAAGAAUGGAGUCAACAAUCUCAAGAACCUGAAGGCGGCCAAGAAUCGGAACAAUCUAUCAUCGUCGCUGGCGGCAGCGGCGUCGCACAAUAAAAAUUUAACGAUAAGUCAACAAAUAGCUUUAGUACAUCAUUCCAAUGACGCUAGAACAUCACCAAAGGACCAUCUGCUGAAUGCCAGCAGCCGAAAUAAUAGAGAUUACAGCAACUGCCUCGACAGUAUCAGUGACCAAACCACGUUCCAGCACUCUGCCAGUUCCGUCGAGAGCCUUCCCAGUGCAUCGGGAUCGAGCACACAAGCCCUGGUCCGGCCAGGCAGUCCACACAGUUCGCUCUCGGCGGAGGACCGAACAACGAUGAUUCCAAUUUGCCGGGCGAUAGCCCUAAUCGAUAGUAAUCCGAACCCGUACGAUAAGGAAGCUUUAAGGUUUAAGAAAGGUGAUAUCAUCGAUGUGCUAUCGAUGAAUGCAUCCGGCGUGUGGCGAGGGUAUGCCAAUGGGCGGUUAGGACAUUUUAAAUUUAUCAGCGUGGAAGUGCUGCCGGACCACCCGGUGAAGCCGUACAGUACCGGGAAGCUGCUUAGUCGGAAUCGACUGCCCACGAGUUGUCCCACCAGCGUGGAAGAACUGCUGUUAAGGAUAGGACUUAAGGAGUAUACUUCGGUGUUCGUGCUGAAUGGGUACGAAGACUUGGAGUUGUUCAAAGAACUGGAACCGUCCGAUUUAGAUUACCUAGGAAUUGGAAAUACCGAGCAUCGUGCCAAAAUACUAGCGGCAGUGCAAUUGUUGCAUGACCUUGAUUCAACAUCCGAUGGCGAGGUGGCCGGUUCGAGUUCGGAAAACGACGAAGGCCUCCGGUUGGGUCACAUCAAAGGUGGUGGCGGCAGUGGCUCCGGUGGCCAACAGCAGCAGCACCAUCACAGCCACCAGACGUCUCCUUUUGGUCGGCGGCACUUCCCUCGCGAUUCGGGCUGCUACGAGGGAUCCCCGGUGCCGUCUUCACAGCAAUCCAAUCAUCACCACCUGCACCACAACAGCCAUAGCAAUAGCAACAGCAGCAGCAGCAAUCAGGGUGGACAGAACAGCUCGUCGGACAACGACACCAACAAUCUGGACUCGGUGGUGGCUCAGUGUUCGAACGAGAUCCUGAAACGGGUAGAGGGCGCCAGACGGUUCAAGACUUCGGAUGGCAGUGGCAAUGUGGCGAAAACGAUGAACCGGGCCACGAAGAAGGGUGGACUGCUGGGGGGCAGUGGGAGCGGUGGAGGCGUUGUUGGUGGAGACGAUAUGACGAUACGAAGUAGUGGGGGAAGUGGUGGAGGGGGAGGAGCGUUGAGUGAGAAGUCGAGUGACUCUGGGUGAGCAGCAGCAGUUUGUCGUCGGGCCCGAUCAAGAAUAACCUUUAGCGGAGUUUACUGUUGGCGAGUGAGGGAUGAGUGGGCGCGUGGAGGCGUUUCGGCCAGGACGAAGAGUUGGAUUUGGAAGAGCAGGACGAGACGGAGGCCUAUAGGUAGGUAAGACUAGGGAAUUAAUUUUAUCAUGCAUUUUAUCUGUUAAGCACACUGCCAAAUAAUGUGACAAAUGGAAAUACACUCCGGUAAAAAGGUUUUAA